CGUCCUACACGCAUGCCUACUCACCUGCGCAUCAUGUCUGCGCACCCCGCCAUUCCGAUUCCUCUAUAUUUCACCUACGUUCGACUAUUAAAACUAUGUGAAAAUCCUCAACGGAGUCCCAAACAAGAUGAAUUUCGCUCCGUUCACGGGGCACAUUCCGUCGGGUACGGGAUUGCCCACCAUACAACAGUUUGCGGCAAAGUUCGGCUACGAGGGUGGGGGAAGUGUGGUUAACAGUGGGAGUAUGGUGCAGGAAAGAAGUUAUCAGGCUCCCGGCGUUCAGUUCACUGUAUCUCCUAAUGGGGCCGUAGCUGUGGACGGCAUGAAGUUCCGACAAGGAGAAAGUGUGGUCGUCAUGAGCAACCCACAACAGGGAGCCGUCACACUUGCUGGGAUCGGUACUAUGCCGACUGUUAACGUCGGAAAUAUUGCUUACACCGGGCAGUAUAUUACUGAAGAACAACUUAAAGAGAGAGACAAACGGGAAUAUCGUGAGGAGUUGCAGCAAGAUAUCAUGGCCACUAUGAUGCAACAGCAGCAAGUAACCCAAGCACCGCUCCAGCAAGGAACUCAGCAGCUCCUCGUUGUUCUGCACGAGCCAAAAGAGGCAGCCGCCCUCGCCCGCGCACUUAAGCAGGAUGUUCGCCAAGAUCGGACUGUUACUGCUGCACCAGCUGAGUUUAUCAGUAUCAGCGAUAUGUCAGAUGGAACCUGGCAAACAAUAGGAAGUGGAGUGGCGGACUACUUAGCAGCAUUACCUCUGCCAUUGCAUCAUUUACUAAAGUACUCAACACCUGAUAAGAGAGAUGAAACAAACAUCGUAGCUACUGCGACUGCUCCUACUAUCGCUACUUUGUCACAGAUCGCUCCAAAUAAUGAGCACAGCGUGGUUGUACAGAAUACAAAUAUAGUUCACACUGUGACCACGCACACGCAAGGAACGAAUACCGUCGAUACCAACUCACUCUACUACAGUAACGGAAGAAAGAAGAAAAAAAAGAAAGAUAUUCAAGUUAAGAAGCCGAGACCGAAGCCUGGGGAGAUACGGAUCACGACCGCUCUAGAUGGCAGCACGCUGUAUUGCUGCCCGGAGUGUCACAUGGCGUACCCUGAACGAGACCUCGUUGAUCAACACCUUGUGGGACAUACUAUGGAGAGAAAGUUUAUCUGUGACAUUUGCAACGCGGCACUAAAACGCAAGGAUCAUUUAACGCGCCACAAGCAAUCUCACAACGCGGAGAGGCCUCACGUCUGCUCGGUUUGUCUGAAGGCCUUCAAACGGAAAGAACAGCUGACUCUACACUUCAUCAUACAUUCGGGCGAAAAACGACACAUCUGCAACGAAUGUGGGAAAGGUUUCUACCGUAAGGACCACUUACGAAAACACACGCGUUCACACAUCGCUCGCCGAGUAAAGGCGGAGUUAUCACAAGAAACAACCACGCCACCUCUCUCACAGGUUGCGCCGGCGCCUCCUUUAGAGCCGUCUUGACAAGGUGCUAUAGACGACUUCUGAAAAUCAUAAUUAUUAUUAAACAGCAAAAACAUUGCUAUCGUACAACAGAGGUCUGAAGCGCCUGACCCUACUAAUACAUAUGUAGUAUUUGAAUAGGCGUGCGACCUAAUAUUAAUAAUAUUAACUGACCUAUAAUUAUAAUUAAUAGUUCUAAUUCUGAUGUACAAGGACUAAUCUAAACCAGAGUCGUAAAAAGUACAGGAAAUAAGCUGUAGGCUUAUGACGUAACUUUAAUAGAAAUUAUUUAAAAAUUUUAAAUUCACGUUUGACUGAAGACAUCAACGAAUUUAUUAUUAGAUGAUGUCAAAAAUCAUUAAAAUUAUUUGAGAUGGACGGUAUCGGUCGAGUUUUACAGAAUAACCCUACUAGUCGGAAUAAACCAAACCAUUUCGUUUAGAUAUACAUGUCGCAGCCAACGAGUUUAAUUAGCCGUUCAAUUAAUAGCCUAGCCUUUUAACUAAACGGCGCCGUUUAACUAGCGGCCUGCAAGAUAUUUAGCCGUAGCGUUUAUUACAACGUUUAAUAAACUGGCUGGAUAAUGCUUAGGCCAUUCGUACGACAGAGUCAUUAUUUGGCAGAAAUAAAAAAGAUGAAACAUUUGUCAUCAAAAUAUAUCUUUUGAAACUAAAUUGCUUGAGUCAAAUUCACAUUAUUAUUGUCACUACACUCUUCCAUUGUACUUGUUGUUUUUCAUGAAACUUUGGAAAACACCAUCAAAGUUGUGGUUUGCCGACGCCAUAUUGAGAGUUUGAGAGUGGCAGUAAGUGGAAUUAGAUAAAAUUAACAGUCAACAGGCUAGGCAAGUAAUGAAAUGUCAUCGAUCCAAGUCAUUUGCCUAGCUGUUUGAAGAACUGGCUGAACAUCUUCCAGGCCGCUAGUUAAACGGCUAAUUAGGCUUGUUGGCUGCAACAUACAUAUAAAAUUAUCAAAGAAAGUUCUAGACUAAUUUGAGGAACUGUACAUCCGAAUUAGAACAACAUUCUAUAGUUCGUGUAAGUUACGCUUAAAUGUAGUAAAACAGACCAAAUUCAAAAUUGUCUUAACUUUUAAAGUUUAAAAAUGUUAUUAAAUUGUUAUUUUUGUUGAUGUUUAGGAAAAUUAAUUAAAUAUUUGGCGAACAACUUUGUUUAUGAUCAUUAAAAUAAGAAAUGAUCAGAUAAUUCAUUAUCAUAUAUGAAUGAUCAGAAUUUAGUACAAAAUGUUAGAUAUAUGCGCCAUUUACCAAGUUGAACAAAUUUGAACGCCUUAACAAUUUUUCUAGCAACGGCUUUGGUAUAAUAUAAUUCUUUUCUUGCCAAAAAAGGGUGGUUAUAGAACCCUAAUCCAUAAAUUUACUAAAAACCUCAAAUAGCUAAUGAAUGGUUUUUCUAGUCUCGCGUCACUUGGUAAAUCAAUAAUUCUUUAACUAAUUGAGGUUCAUAAAUUCGUUAUUAGAAUGUAGUAUAUUUAUAACAUCUAAUAAUUUAAAUUACCAAUUUGUUGUAGAAAAUUAGCUGCAAUAUAUACUUAUAACAUAUCUAGUGUUAUUACGAAUUAAAUAAAUAUUAUUCAAGUA